AAAUGACAGCAGUUGCCCCGUGACAAGUCAGGCAGAGUCUUGCACGCCGUCUUGUUAAUCCCAGCACAUUGUGGGCAACCUCCACGUUCUCUUGUUUUGCUCGUUCUCUUUCCCUCUCUCUAACUCGACCUGCACGAAGAGCCGACUUUUAAACCCCCUCCCUCCUCCACCUUCGUCCCUAUGACAUUCUCCUCCCGGCGCCCGUAUCGGAAGUGACAAAACACUGGUUAUCUCUGAGGACUAUUCACUUAUGGCCGUGAACUGACAGGGGAGGAUCAAAGAUCUGGAAUAUUUUAAUCGCGGCCGAAAUGGAGGAUAGCAAUAUUCUUGGUGAGGAUCUGCCGCUCCCACCGGCACGCCUUUUUGAACGGCUGGCGCAUUUGCCAGGAUACACCUGGGACCAGUCAAUCGAACCAUUCCAUUCAACUUAUAACCACUGGCAUGUCUAUGGACUUCGUCAUUCUGUCGAAUCCGAUGUUUCUACCCCCGCCGCAACCUCGUCCGGACCGUCUAGUCUAGCGCGUAACUCCCCGCGAACCGAAUCUCGUCCACCAUUCCGUCACCACUGGAGGAGUAGCCUGAGCGAAUCUAGUAGUGAGCUGUCGUUAUCUCGAGGCGAGCAUGAACCUAUAUGGGUUCCGGUGAUCGCGCGGGUCUCGUCUCACGUGGUGAGACUCGAGCGCGAAUUCCACAUGCUAAGGUCGAUCAUGCAAACCUCCGAUCCGGACUGCACCCACACCAUUCGACCGAUUGACCUCAUACGAUUGCCGCGGGACCCCGGGGACGCUGGCCCUCUGUUGGUGGCCAUCUUUGAGUCCCCAGGUCCGAACAUGCUCCGCGAGCUGGUGGCCUUUGGGCCUGCCUGGUUCGCAGCGGGCAGUAGGACUGACAGUACCGAUUCGACUCCCGGAGAGCAGGUCUCUCUUUCGAUAUUCCUGGAUUUUGCAAUUGGCGCCUGUGACUGCUUAGAGCUCUUGCACUACGGACUCAAAACCGUCCACGGCGAAAUUCGCGGCGACGCGUUCCAUUUCAAUCGCGAAGGACGAUCCGUGAUGUUGAUAAAUACGGGAAACGGGGCGAGAUCAUUCGAUAACAUCUUGAGCGAGGGCUGGUCGUCUCUCUCCAGAGAGCUCGGGGUCAAGAACAAGCUGCAGUUCAUUGCACCAGAGCAGACCGGGAGAAUGCCCACGGAACCGGAUAGCCGCACCGAUAUCUACGCCCUUGGUGUCCUAUUUUGGACGAUGCUGGUUGGGAAGCCGGCCUUCACUGGAAGCGACCCGGUUGAAGUUGUGCAGAAUGUUCUGGGCAAGAAAUUACCUCCGGUUUCGGCGAAGCGCAUGGAUGUGCCCGAUGCAGUCUCAGCCGUGAUUCAGAAGAUGACCCAGAAGGCGGUUAACGAGCGCUACCAUACUAUAUCCUCUGUGAAACGUGACCUGGCGCAGAUUUCUGAACUACUCGGUGACGGUGAUAGUGAAGCCUUGAAAGACUUCCAAAUUGCUCAACGCGAUGUGUCAUCUUUCUUUACUCUUCCGUCCCGCAUGUUCGGACGCCGAGAAGAAUAUGAUAAAAUAAUCAGCGUGGUUGAAAAGGUCCACCGGCGCCAGCAGUCGGCCUAUGUCAAGGCCAUUGCGCAAACGCCUAGCGGAGUUGGCUCUAACUCCUCAAUGUCAGAUGGGCGCGUUGAUAGUUUCGAGGUUGCUUCAGUCUCAAGUGACUCCGGCUCAUUUAAUCUGAGAACAACCUCCAAUGGAGCCGCCUACAACCUUGGACGUGUCUCUACUCACGAGUCUCUCCAUAGUACCGAGUCAUCGCUGUCAACCCCAAGGCCAGGCAUUACUUCACACAAGGCCAAAAGUCCAGUGGAAUCGCGCGCAUCCUGGGAAAAUGCAGAUCGCGACAGCUAUCCGUCUAUCGGCACAAACACUCAUACACAUGCGGAUUCUCAUGGGUCAGGUACUAGGCACAAACCUACAAGCAAGCCACGGCGCACGGGUAAAUGCGAGGUCAUCACUCUGAGUGGCGUUGCUGGCAUAGGAAAAACCGAUCUGCUGAAUCGUGUUCAGCCGGCAAUCCGCAAACUUGGUUAUAUUGGGAUUGCACGGCUGGACCGUGCUAGGAGGGUACCAUUCGAGCCUUUCGCGAAAAUACUUGCGAGCCUCUUGCGUCAAAUAUUCUCAGAGCGUGAUGUGACAACCGACUACCACAACAAUGUGCGCAUGGCAUUAUUGCCAAUGUGGCCUACCUUACACCGGGUCUUGGAACUUCCUGAGCAAUUAAUGUCGUCGGGAGGAAAUGAUAAGCAAAUUUCUCCCAAACUCUCUGCUGCGCAGCACAUCUUCAAGGAGGUUUCCACCAAAGGAGAACCGUCUAAGCGUAUCGCACUCCCCGCACUUGACGGUGGACAGAACCCAGUGGAUUUCUUUUUGUCCAAUGCAGCCUCGAAGAACAUGCGUCUCAUGGAAACUUUUCUUGAGAUUCUCAAAACAUUGUCCCAAUAUAGGUUGAUCUGUGUAUGCGUCGAUGAUUUGCACUAUGCGGACGACGAGACUCUCGAACUGGUUUUGAAUAUUAUGAAGGCAAAGAUACCUUGUGUGCUCGUGCUCGCGAGCCGCAAUGCCGACCUAGAGAACAAGGCUAUCAAAUCUCUUUUUGAGAUAGACAAUCCUAGCGUUUCCAGGGUUGUAUUGAAGCCUCUUGGGGAAGACGAGAUCAUGCAAAUAGUAGCCGCUACAAUGCACCAAGACCCCAACCCCAUGCUGACGCCUCUGGCAGCCGUCAUCCAGGAGAAAAGUGUAGGGAAUCCAUUCUAUGUUCGAAUGAUGUUGGAGACUUGUUACAGCAAGAAUUGCAUCUGGUAUUCGUGGAAAAACUCAAGAUGGGAGUUUGACCUCGAUCGAAUCUUCACGGAAUUUGUGGCUCCUCGUUAUGGCGAAGGCCUUGGGCUUGGUUUCAUCACAAGGCGUCUCCAGGAAUCCCCGGCAGCAGCCCGGUCCAUACUCGUCUGGAGUGCUUUGUUGGGUAGCCCGUUUGCCUUUUCUUUGGUACAAAAACUCCUCACUAGCGAGUUCUUGUAUUCCAGUGAUGACGACGAAGCCGUGGACCUCACAUGUCCGCAGAAUGUGAAUCUGAUCAGGCAAUCGGAGGCCAACAUCGUCGUUGGUCUCCAAUAUCUGGUCCAAGCAAACCUCGUCAUCCCUGGGAAAACCGAUGAUGAGUUCCGGUUUGCAAACGAUAGAAUUGCCCAGGCAGCUGCGUCGUUGACGGAGGGUCGCAAUGUGGAAAAGAUGCAUUUCAUAAUCUCUCAGGCGCUGAUGAAAUACUACCAUGACGGCCGUAGUCGCUAUUCCAUGGCUCGUCACGUCGGUCUUGCCUCCCGCAUAAUCAAGUCUCGUGUGGUGCAGAGGCUUGACUACCGGAAGAUACUUUGGGAUGCUGCACAGACUGCCGCUCAAUCUGGUGCACGACCGACUUCUCUUUGGUAUUUCCGCCACUGCAUCGCUCUUCUCCAAGACAGCCCCUGGGACGAUAACAACACCGAUGUGUACUAUGACGAGACUUUGCGCCUACACAUCGCGACCGCUGAAAUGUCAUGGUCUCAAGGCCACAAUCCCGAAGCCCUUGAUUUACUCGAUGAAGUUCUAAAAUACGGAAAGACCGCUGUCUGCAAGUCGCGAGCCUGGAUUGUGAAGGCCAAGAUCUAUGCUCAGAUGGGCAAACACCCCUUAUCAAUGGAUUCCCUGCUCACUUGUCUGGAUGAGCUCGGCGUGCACCUUCGAGAGUCUACGACUUACGAGGAAUGUGAUGCCGCUUACAAGCACCUCAAGAACUAUCUAGAAAAGACAGACCUGGAGGCCACCGUUCGCAAACCUAUUAGCAAGGAUAUCAAUGUAAUCACCAUCGGUGCAGUCAUGGCCGAGGCGAUGGCCGUCACAUAUUGGGAUGACGCUUUGACCUUCUACAGAAUGGCUAUUGAGAUGAUGAAUCUCCACCUUUUCAAAGGUGGCUUUGUGCAGAUCUCAAUAGGAUGUUCUCACCUUGCCAUGGUUUCUUUCAGCCGUUUCAGAGACGUGAAUCUUGCUGUAAAGCUCAGUGACCAUGCACUAGAUCUUCUUGAGCGCUGCCCCGAACCCUGGACGCAAAGCCGGGGCUCAGUUGUUCACAACCUUUACGUCAGUCAUUUGCGAGUCCCUCUUUCAUCGACACUUCCUGCGCUUGAGGCCUCCGUAGAAUCGUCGCUCUCAAUUGGGGAUCCAUAUAUCACGCUGAUCAGCCUUUCAUCGAUGGCAAUGACACGGCUUUACCUCGGCCAUGACAUGACUCAACUAGAAGGCUUCUGCAACGAAAACCCGGAGGAUGUCCCGGAGUGGGUGCAUGAUACCCGUGGAGGUGCUAGUCUUGUCGCAGUCAGGCAAGUCGCGCGCGCUUUGCAAGGGAAGACUGCCUAUCGUGAUCCAGAAACUGUCAUGUCUGAUGAGCACCAUCGGACGAGUGAGUACAUUGAUUUCUUGGACAAGAACACCAGCAACGCCGAUCGUCCUCGCGAUAUCUAUUGGGGAUUGGCUAUGAUCCCUCUAUUCAUAUACGGGCAUCACACCAAAGCCAUAGAGGUAGGAGUUCAAAUGAUGGAUACCAUGCCGAGGCUGUGGUCUGCUCGCGUAGCAUACAUUGUCUAUUUCUACCUGUCGCUUUCUCUCCUCACCCUGAACAAUGAUUACCCUACCCGUGGAUACCUUGAUGGGAACCUGAAGACGAUUUUGAAGUAUAAGGCCGAGGUUGAUCUUGCACGGUCCGCUUGCGAUGCAAAUUACGGAAUGUGGUCGUUGAUAUUAGAAGCUCUUGUCUUUGAAGUCCGAAACGACCAUACAUCUGCGAUCCAAGCAUUUGAGGCUGCUAUAGAUCACUGUCAAAUCCAUGGGUGGCCACUUGAAGAGGCCCUUGCUCUAGAAUUGCACGGUGAAUUCUUAAUCCGACGUGGCGCUAAAAGAGCGGCACGCUCUGUGAUGCAGGAUGCGAUUGCUGCAUGGGCUGCCAUUAGUGCCGUUGGCAAAGCCGCUCAAUUGACUGAAAAACACGAAUGGCUUCUGAAAACUGCAACUUCUUCAAGGACUGCUGACAUUGGAUGUCAGACCGUUGACUCACUCCUGGGGAUCAAUCGCAGCACAGGUCCAGAAAACAUGGAUGUCAGUCAGAACGUGGAGGAGGACGAUAGGAAACAACGCUGGAUAGAACAGAAUGGGGUCACUACCGGCGAACGUUCGCUUGACAUUUCAAGUGUUGGUUUGGAUAUUAUCGACCUGUCAAGCAUCCUUGAAUCCAGCCAAGUGAUGUCGUCCGAACUACAAAUCGAUAAGCUUCUUACCAAAAUGAUUGAGAUGGUUCUAGAAUCUUGCAACGGCUCGGACUUUGCCGUGAUUGCAACUAAUUUUGAUGACAACUUCACAGUUGCAGCGGCCGGGGAUGUCGAAAAGGGACAAAAGGCUUUCCUCGAUGGCCUUUCCUUCUCCGAAAUUGAGGAUAAAAUGGCACAACAGAUCUCUCAUUACGUCAUGCGAACUAGGGAAGAGGUGCUUGUUCACAACGUUCUCGAGGAUGAGCGGUUUUCCAAUGUCAGCGAAGCCUACCAGGCUCGAUACCCGCUGGGUAAAUCUGUGAUCGCAUUGCCUAUCAUGCAGGCCGAGCAUCUACUCGGUGUCAUUCACAUCGAGGGUAAACCCAAUUCAUUCACCCAGCGAAAUCUUGUGGUCCUUCACUUGCUCUGCAACCAAAUCGGCAUAUCAUUGUCCAACGCGCUGCUCUUCCGCGAAGUCCGCAAAGUUAGUGCAACCAACGCAUCUAUGGUCGAGGCUCAAAAACGAGCUCUUGCUCAGGCCCGUGAGGCAGAACAAAAGGCCAAGGUGGCGGAGGCAGAAGCCAAACACAAUGUCAAGUUGAAGGAAGAUGCAGCCAAGGCCAAAUCUAUCUUCCUCGCCAACAUCUCUCAUGAUCUCCGUACCCCAAUGAAUGGUGUCAUUGGGCUGUCUGAGCUUCUCAAAGGCACUGUUCUGAAUAAGGAGCAAGACGAAUAUGUCGAGUCCAUUCGUGUCUGCGCAGACACUCUGCUUACCCUCAUCAAUGACAUUCUGGACUUCUCGAAGUUAGAGGCCGGAAAGAUGAAGAUUUCUACCGUGCCCCUCAACAUCAAGGAAACCAUAUCCGAGGUCGUUCGUGCGCUUCGAUAUACUCACCGGGAUCGAGGCUUAGACACAAUCGAGGAUUUAGAGAAGGUUCCACCAGAUCUUGUGGUACUGGGCGACCCUGUCCGCUUACAUCAAAUUUUCAUGAAUCUCCUCAGCAACAGCUACAAAUUCACCCCCAAGGGCUCCGUGACCGUUCGGGCAAGGGUUACUAAAGAAGGCAAGGGCCGCGUGCGUCUUGAAUGCGUUGUGUCGGAUACCGGAAUCGGAAUCCCAGAGGAGCAGAAAUCUCGACUUUUCAGACCGUUCUCGCAGGCAGACAGUUCGACAGCAAGAUCGUACGGCGGAAGCGGGCUCGGCCUCAGCAUUUGCAAAGCGAUCAUUGAAGAUGUCUUGGGCGGUGCUAUCUGGCUUGAUUCCACCCCAGGUGUUGGCACCAUGGUCACUUUCCACCUGUCUUUCAAUAAGGCCAAAAACCUUGCCUCGAAAACCCCAUGGCCCAAGGCACUGAAUCAAGGGGAGCCUAAUGCGGUCCGCACUCCCGUCAUUCGCGACUUGACCAUGGUUCCUCGAGAUCAGAUCCGAGUCUGCAUCGCCGAGGAUAACCCGAUCAAUCAGAAAAUUGCCGUCAAAUUUGUCACCGGCCUCAACUUGCAGUGUGAAGCGUACAGUGACGGUCGUCAGGCGGUGGAUGCCCUACGUGCUCGCUCAAGCGAAGGGAACCCCUUCCAUGUUGUUCUGAUGGAUGUGCAAAUGCCCACACUCGACGGCUACAACGCAACGCGGGAACUGCGGCAAGACCCCGACCCCAACGUCAACGAAGUACUCGUUAUAGCUAUGACCGCUAGUGCCAUUGAGGGUGAUCGAGAAAAAUGCAUCAGCGCCGGAAUGAACAAUUACCUCCCCAAGCCGGUUCGAUCGACCGUUCUGAAUGAGAUGUUAGAUCAAUACCUGGCACCGGUGCCACCGUAUACACGCACACGGCUUUCGAUACGCGAAAGAUCAAGUGUCAGCAAUGAAAGUGGCACCCCGGGUAGCUCUGCCUCUUCUGGAUCGGAACAAGUCAUCGCGUUGACCCCGAACGAGGAAAAUACACCAGAACAGAAUCCCUCCGGCACUACAUGA